GGGCGUACGGGUCUAAAACUGCAGACUUUUGAAGGAGGGAAGAAGAAGACAAGAAUGGACACGAACACCGAGUUGUAUCACGAUGUUCCCUGCUCUUCGAUCGCCGUAGAAUCCAUCAUUAGCGUCGGAACCGGCGGAUUAAUCUGGGGUUUAUGUUCUGGUUCCUACGAUGCCAAACAAAAAGGUCUGACCGGUGUUUCUCGAGCUUCUUUCCUUGCCAAGACGGUUGGUAAAUAUGGGUUCCAAUGUGGACUCUUUGCCGGAAUCUUUUCGUUUACGCGCUGUGGGAUUUGAAGAUACCGCAAGAAAAGUGAUUGGGUGAAUGCUCUAGUUGCAGGUGGAGUUGCAGGGGCAGCCAUCGGUGCUGGAACCCGAAACUGGCGGCAGGUUGCAGUGAUGACCGCUUUUCUUUCUGGGUUCUGUGCCAUUGCUGAUCAAUCAAGAGCAAUCUGAACCACACUUGAACCGCUUAAGAACUGGCCUGUGAUUUUUGAACUGUGUUUUGAACCGUGUUUUGAACCGUUUGGAGAAUGUUAGAAUACUAGAAUGCCCAAUUACUCCCAUGUAUAAUCUUUUUUUUUUUUUUUUUUUUUUUUUUUUUUUUUUUUUUUUCGGAUAUGAUGUUAGCAACCUUUUGAUCAAUGGGAGUAUGGAACCGGUCUAGAAUGUAAACAAAACAAGCCGAGCCUGAGCUCGGUUUGUUUAAUUCAUGAAAGCUUGAGACUUGCUUAAGUUUCAAGCUUUAUGUCUAAGACUCGAGCUUAGCUCGUUAAUAAUUUUUCAAGUUGGUAUUUUGCUUGGGCUCGACUUCUUUAUUAUU